AUGUCAGUGAAGAAAGUGCCCAGCCCUGUUUCAAUCGCACGAGUCAUCGUUUCGCCUCCAGCUACCACAUUGGCCCAAUCGACGGCCAUCCUCCGAGAACUACAAGCCUUCGGUCCCGUUACCUCCUUUCACAGAUCGAAGCUGACGCGGAAGCACACAAGCCGUUCACCAGAUAAUGGACUUGUGAAACAAGAGAUUGAAGUCACCUUUUCGGAUCCUGAAACAACACAAAUGGCGGUGAACGCAAGCCCCUUCACCGUCAACUUUACCUGCAAUGUUCCCAACCCCCAGGUAGAAGAUCCCUUCAAUCUACGCUGUCUAAAGGCACGGGAGGUUCCUCGGUCUAGAACGAUGAUGUGCCGUGUUGAACCACAUAUCAUGAAAGAAUUUCACGGGCAGAACGCUCUGUCUAAAGGGUUCUCUCCCAACACACAAACCAGGCUACAUCAAAGCCUCCUUGACAUGAAACCGCCUCCAGCCAUUGCUGACGGGCUUGGAGUAUUACAACCUGGUAAAUCGGAUAUUCUCGACACAACGCAUCUCGUCGAACGUCCACCUGACCUUAUGACCAUGUAUCGACAGCCUCAUAAACAGGCAGACCAACAGUUCCAAAACGAAGAUAAAAAGACAAGGGCAUCCACAUCAAUCGACGUGUGA